UACGACGUCGUCGUCUAAGGCGCCAAGCCAACACAUGAGAAGACCUGCUGCAAACCUUUCCGCAUUAUCUGAUAUCUGAAAAGGAAUGGCUUCGCCUUUGCCUUCGUCUCUCCAUCGGCUUUCACUCCUCUCCAAACCUUCACCAUCUCAAAACCACCGCCUCCUUGUAACCCCGACCCGACCCGAACUUUCCCGGUUCGAAUGCCGGGCGGGCCAGACCGGGUUCUUCACCCGGCUCGGAAGGCUUAUCAAGGAGAAGGCCAAGAGCGACUUAGAGAAGCUCUUCUCGGGAUUCUCCAAGACUCGCGAUAAUCUCGCUGUCAUCGACGAGCUCUUGCUCUACUGGAAUCUCGCUGACACUGAUCGAGUCCUCGACGAACUCGAAGAGGCUCUGCUGGUAUCGGAUUUUGGUCCAAAAAUCACAAUUAAGAUUGUGGAAAGUUUGAGGGAGGACAUAGUUGCUGGGAAGCUGAAAUCUGGAAGCGAAAUAAAGGAAGCAUUGAAGAAGAGUGUGCUGGACUUGUUAACUACAAAAGGGAGCAAAACUGAACUUCAACUUGGAUACAGGAAACCAGCUGUGGUUAUGAUUGUUGGCGUUAAUGGAGGUGGGAAGACAACAUCUCUUGGAAAGCUGGCUUACAGAUUGAAGGAGGAGGGGGCCAAGCAGGGGAUACAUUUCGAGCAGCUGCCUGUGACCAGCUGGAGAUAUGGGCUGAGAGGACAGGGUGUGAGAUUGUUGUGGCUGAAAAAGAGAAGGCUAAAGCAGCAUCAGAGAUGGAGAGCCAUAUGUGCGGCGACGUUGAGGAAGAGAAGAAAUAUGUUGCCUAAGAUCAAUACUUGCACUAGUUUUUUCAAUUGGAAGCUUCAAGAAAUAAUAACCUACCUGUUCCAUAACAAGCUUGACGUACGGACUCACUUAUGACAUUCAUCAGUCUGUCAUCUCCGACUCCAUUUGAACAGGAACGUCACCAGUAUCAGUUAGCAUCCGCGGAGUGUCAUUUAGUUAU